AUGAUUCGAAUUUCUUUCCGAACAUUUAUUUUAUGCGUCGCCCUCGGAGUCACGACCUUGCUUUACCAAUUUCAAAGUGUCCGAGGCGCUUCAAAGUCUCGCCGCAAUCGUAUCUCAAUAAUUAGCGACGAGCCUCCACCGCUGGAAGAGGAGGUAGAGACCCCAGUCCCCGUCAAGUAUGAUCUGAACGAGGCUGUCCAUGCAUUUUAUUAUCCUUGGUAUGCUUCUGCAGAUGUAGACGGGCAGUGGUCGCAUUGGAAUCAUCCAGUUUUGCCUCAUUGGAUUGCUAGAGUCAACGCACAGUAUCCUAUCGGCAAAGUUCAUCAACCUCCUGAUGAUAUAGGCUCAACUUACUAUCCUUUUCUGGGACCGUACUCUUCUGCUGACCCUAAAAUUAUCGAUCAGCAUCUUAAGUGGGCCGCGGAAGCCGGGAUUGGUACUCUUGUGGUCAGUUACUUUGCGAAAGGGCGCACUGAUGACAACGGGAUUCCUUUUGAACACGUUGUGCGUCUUCUUCUCGAGAGAGCCCAGCCAUUCGGAAUAAAAAUCGCUUUUCACAUGGAACCGUACAACGGGCGAACAGCCUUUUCUGUUGCUGAUGAUAUCCGCUCUACCGUGAAAGAAUACAGCAAACAUCCCAGCGCUGCUAAAGUCGACGGGAAGCUAGUAUUUUAUCUUUACGACUCUUAUCAAGUGAAUUCUGCGGAAUGGGCAAGAGUCAUCCCGUCGCUCAGUAAGACAGCUUACACGAUCGGCCUGCUUGUCGAGUUCGGUCACAUCGAACACAUCAUUGCCUCUCAGUUUUCCGCUGCGUACUCUUAUUUCGCUGCACUGGACUUUUCUUUCGGCUGUACUCCGAAAAACUGGAGAAGAAUUGUUUCUGUUUUAACCAGGAAUAACGUCGAUUUCAUCCCCUCAGUUGGCCCGGGCUACGACGAUACUUCAAUUCGACCAUGGAAUAAACAAAACUCAAAAUCAAGAGCAGAGGGCGAAUACUAUACAAAAUACUGGGAUUCUGCACUCGAACUCAGACCAAAAAUAAUUUCAAUUACCUCGUUCAAUGAAUGGCACGAGGGAACUCAAAUCGAGCCAGCAGUCGAAAAAAGAAUUCCAGGCGAGCGUGCCUUCGGAUCAUCAACGUAUCCGAGCUAUUCAGACCCUUUUCAGUACCUUCAAAUCACUGCGCGAUAUUCUUUGAUAUUUUCAAAACAACAAUAG